AAUAACGUCAUACCGUUCCAAGUAACUCGUCGUCGGCGUCGCAGAUACUCUUUGGUCGCAGAUCUAAAACUCGCUAUUCUAUCGCUUGAGACUAAAGACCUAUUCAGCCUACCUGGAUGAGGGGCCUACUGGUAGAGAAUUCUUAACAGAUUGUCAAGCUAUUGAGAUGUUUGUGGUCUGCCUAAAAUUAUCCAGUACUAAAAAGGUAGACUAGGCCUAGCCUAGGAUAGGCGGUAUAAUUAAUAGGCCUGGCUAGGGCCUAGCCGGGUGUCUGUCAACCCGUACCCAAACCAACCCGUACCCAAACCAACCCGUACCCAAACCAACCCGUACCCAAACCAACCCGUACCCAUACCAACCCGUACCCACUUGAGUCAAACCGUACCCACGUUCCCACGUACCCAUCUGUACCCACGUCAUUUUGGUCAACCCGUACCCAAAAUAUAUUUGUAUCUGUACGAUCUCGUGCGGUCUGUAAGAUUGUCGUUGCCGCUAAUAUUAUUAAGAUAUACUUUGCUAGUAAAAGGCCCACCGAUGAAGCCUGCUAAACAGUCUCGCUUUUCUACUCAGCUUUUGUACCUUUGUAUCACUGCCCUAAUUAUAGGUGUGAUAAUAACACUAUGGAAUGUUCAUGAGCUUCACGUUAUGCAGAGGAUACAUAUGAAGAACCAGCAUUCAGAGAUCUUUGAACCGCAGUCUCUGGUAGAAAGUAACAAACCCAUAUAUUGGAUCAAUGCCAGACAUCUGCAUACUGGCUACCUAGACCAUGUUAUGGCUGUUUUUGAUCGGAUAGGCUACAGCAAAGGUGGACCAGACUCGGAAUGGGAUGUCUUAUGGUCACAUGACUAUCCAUUCACUGAACUCCAAGAUAAGAUAUCCAAGAUGAGGUCACACCAAAAGGUGAACCAUAUUCCUGGCUCUGGAUUUAUAACAAACAAAGUAACUUUAGUUUUGUCUGAUAUCGAGUACAUUCCAAAAGCCUUUCAAAUGCCACAACAAAAGUUUUCUUUCAAACAAUAUGUAAAGGAGCAUCCUGAGAAAUUAUGGGUUCAGAAAAGCAAUAACCAUCGUGGUAUACAUGUAAGAAAUGUGGAAGAACUAGACUUCAGUGCAGAUAACACAUUCGUACAAGAAUUUAUUCAAAAUCCGUACUUGGUUGAUGGAAAAAAGUUUGAUAUAGGGAUCUACACUGUGGUCGCAUCUGUGGAUCCUCUGAGGGUGUACUUCUACUCAGGUGACUGCCUUAUACGUUACUGUGGCAAAGAGUAUGUCAUGGACAAAUUCGAUGAUGUCAAUACUUAUGUGGUUACUGAUGAUUAUACUCCAACUUGGAAGAUGCCAUCACUGCAGAAAUACUACAUUGAUAUGAAAUUCUCACACAAGGAAUCCCUGUAUGCACACAUGAGAUCAGAAGAUUUAGAUCCCACCAAAGUAGACAGGCAGAUAGAAGAUGCCAUUCGGAAAGUUUUUCUUAGCAAGCUCCCACAACUAAGGCAAUCAUUGGAAAAGUACCAACAUAAGAAUAUCUUCUUUGAGCUGACCCGGUUUGACUUUGUUCUUGAUGAAGAUUUAAAUUUGUACUUGAUGGAGGUCAACAUGUCUCCUAACCUAUCCACCGGUCAUUUUGCUGCGAAUAAACUUCUUUAUCAACAAGUUAUUUACAACACAUUGAGUGUCGUAGAUGUUGCACGGAACAUUCCUGUUAGUUUGAAAUUAAGUACUGAAGACCAAGAAUUAAUGAGGGUGAGUUUGCGGGAUAUUCAGACAGAUCCAGAGGCCUGCUCCAGUGAGGAAUGCAAAGGCUGCCAUGAAGUGAAAUGUCAGCUGUGCAAUCGUUGCUUGAAUAAUGAAGUAAGAAAUGCCCUGUCUGAUUCUUUCUUGGAGCAUUUGAAUCGACGACAGAUGAAAAGAGUUUAUCCAGAAUCCCUAACUCGAGAUGAAAGUAUGAGGUAUCAGGAUGCUCUGGAUGAUGGGUUACCAACUAACGACAAACUUCUGAGGAAAUGGUAUCGUUCAAAAUGUAUCCAAGAAGAGUCAUGGUGCUACUAAAUGCAAACAGUCACACCUCAAUCUUUCAAAUUCAUUUGUAUUGUUAAUCCGUUACUUAACAGUGUUUUUGUAUGUAUAUUUUGAACUUUUGAAAUUUUAUGGUACAGAAUUCUAAAUGCACAUGAAUUUUGGCUGCAAGUCCACAAGAUGUGGAUUGUUUUGGUGUCCUUUUUGAAAUAAAAAUAUACAUAUGUAGAUUGACAUUGUCCGAACAUAAUUUAUUAAAACAGUCUCUAGGGUAUGCUGAAAAAUUACUGCGAGGUUAUUGAUUAAUUUACUAUUGGGUGCAGCAGCUGAACCUGCUGAGGUACAAGACUAUAGUUAUUCUAAAUAUUUAUUGUACUAUAAGCCUUUAUAUGCGCAAGGAAUUGAACAAAGAUCUAGGUAUCAUAAGCAGUUAUACAUUUCUCAAUCAUAAUUCAAUUUAGGACCAUUUCUGAAUCAUUCAUCUUUUUAACGCAUUAUUGUAUCAGCCUAUUGCUGUCACCAUUUUACCACUGCUUUACCUUGUUUUACACUUUUGUCUAUUGUUAUAUGCUAUAGAUGUCACACACCAUUGCACCUAAGAUGCUUUAUAGAUUGUAUUUUAACUAUUAUUAGUAUUACUGUGUGUUGUUACAAUAAUGUACUGUAUAUAGUGUUGACCAGCAUUAUUUAUUUAACAUUUUUUUAUAUAUUUCUUUUUUAAGUAUUUGGAAGAAGGUAGAAAUUUAUAAUUACACAGGUGUGACCAAUUAUUUGUAAGAAAAAUUUAGUGAAAAGAAUAUGAAACAAAAAAUUUUUCUUUUGUCAGACAUACAUAUGAUUCAGUUCCUUAACCAUUAACAUAGACAAUGUUGGUAACAUAAGUCAUGCAUCCCAUCUAAUUUAUCUACUAAACAUUGAUGGUUAUCUGUUAUUAUUAUUAUUAUUAUUAUCCAUUAAAAUGUCAACUGUUGUACCCGAGUAUAUUUUAUACUGAUAUUCAUGUAAUAUAUAAUUAACUAGAAAUACAGUGUAUAUUUAUCACAAAACAUAUUUUUAAAAACUAGUUGAACUUUUAUUUGGUAUGUUAGAAUAUUAUAUUAUACUACUAUUUUUAUAUCUAUGAUUGUACUAUUGUAUUUAUACUGUAUAUGUUCACGGUGCUAUGCAGCAAAUCUGAUUCGAUAUGGUUACUUGCUAUACUUUCAGGGCAAUGAGUUCUGUGUAGCCUACCAUAUCUCCACUAUGCGAGGGCAAAUAUCAGUGUUGUGAAGGGAUGUGCUCUUGUAGUUGAACCUGCAAUAUACCAAUAGUUCUUUGUGGUUUAGAAAUACAAUGGUCACAUUGAAAGCAAUAAGUUGCAUUAUUGAGUGCGAUGCAAGAAGUGCACUUUUUUUAUGCAAUACUUUUUAUGUUUUUAUAACUAUUUUAAUCGAAGUUCUGUCUAAGGAAGAUUUUUCCCAUUGUAUUUUAUGAUUGGAACGAAUAAAGUUUGAUUUAAUUUGAUUCAUACAACUGAUAAGAAGCUGUCAUUGCAUAGCUCUUUGAUACAAGUAUAAUUUUGAGUUCAUAUUUAUGUGAUGUCAGAAUUCAAAGCUGUCAAUUGAAUUUAGCCACAAAAGCCUUUGUGGGCUAUGCUUUCUAUUAGAAAAAUUCGGCUAAGCUUUCUAUUAGAAAAAUUCCCAUGGUUUAAGUAACAGUGGUGUUUAAUUGGUUAUUAGGUUUUAUUAGUACGGCUAAUGCAAAUUAACCAUGACUUUUUGUCUUUACUUUUCAGGGGUUUUUUUUCUAUCUGUGUGUGACAAUUAAGUACUGUACAUGCAGGUUUGGAUGCCAAUUGGUCGAGUCAGAAUGGGAGUCAGAAAGGAUGGAUUGAUGAAAUCAGGGAGUUUAGGAUAUUACUUGAAAGAAUGACCACCAAGUAAAGGGGUUUUCCUCCUGCUGUAAUGUGCAACAGCUAAAUGUUAUAGAUAGACAUACAGUACUGGUUUUGAAAAUAUAGUUCUACAUAAUGUUAUACAGUGUUAUGUCACAAUUUGCUAUAGGUAAUAUACUUUGGUAGACCCUGUAUAUGGUAAAAGCAAAUAAAUAGAUGCAUGCACAGUAUGUUUGUAUGCAUAUAUAAUAGUUAUAUGUGGUUUUAUUAUUUAUUAAAUUAUGAUAAUGUGGGGUGUCAAUAAACACAUAAAUAAAUCAUG